AUGGAGGAUAAAGUCACAGAUUUCUCUGGAAAAUGGAAAAUGAAGUCUUCGCAAAACUUUGAGGAUCUUUUGAGAGCUCUGGGUGUGAAUGUGUUCCUGAGGAAGAUCGCAGUGACGGCCGCCUCCAGCCCAGCGGUGGAGAUCACCCAGCAGGGCGAGAGUCUGUCCAUCAAGACUUCCACCAGCGUCCGCACCACCAAUGUCUCCUUCACCGUGGGUCAGUCCUUCAAUGAGGCCACAGUGGACGGACGUCCCUGCACGAGUUUUCCCAAGUGGGAAACAGAAAGCAAGAUCAGCUGCGAACAGACUUUACAGAAAGGUGACGGACCCAAGACGGCGUGGACCCGAGAGCUGACCAACGACGGAGAGCUGAUACUGACGAUGACCGCCGGGGAUGUGGUCUGCACCAGAGUUUAUGAGAAGGAAUGA